AUGCACAGGAAACACCUCCAGGAGAUUCCCGAUUCCAGCAGCAAUGUUAAUAUCACCUUCACGUGGGGAUGGGAUCUUAACAAGACUUCAGAUUUGCUUUCCGGAAUGGGGGUCGCAGUUCUGGAGAAGGAAAAGGUGGACAGUGAAAACAUCCCCCAGGAGCUGCUCUUAACCCAAGGCCCUGCUCCAAAAAAACAGAAGGUGAAAGCGAAGGAAAAGGACUUUGUCAUUGCUCGCAGGCCGAGGCAAUCCAGAGAGAACGGUUCAGGAAUUUCCUGGGAUAUGCUUCCGGAUGAAUUGCUUCUCAACAUCUUCUCAUAUUUAUCUCUGCCUGACCUUGUAAGAGUCUCUGGGAUUUGUAAGAGGUGGCAUCGCCUCUCGUUUGAUGAAUCACUGUGGCAGACCUUAGACCUGACAGGGAAACACUUACUACCAGGGGUAAUUGGGCAGGUGCUCUCUGUAGGUGUGGUGGCAUUUCGUUGUUCAAGGUCACAUGUUGAUGCUCCACUGUUUAAAAAUCUCAGACCGCUUCGGGUGCAGCACAUGGACCUGUCUAACUGCAUAAUAGACGAGGCUUCCCUACAGGACAUCCUGUCUCGCUGCUGCAAACUGCAGAACCUGAGCCUGGAAGGGCUGGUGCUUUCAGAUGCCAUCAUCCGAAAUCUGGCCCAGAAUUCAGACUUAGUGCGAUUAAACCUCUCUGGGUGUUCAGGAUUCUCCGCUUCUGCACUGGGGGAAUUGCUGAGCAGCUGUACUCGAUUAGAUGAGCUGAACCUUUCCUGGUGCUCAGAUUUCACGGCAGAACACAUACAAGUUGCUGUCAACUUUGUUACAGAAAAUGUGACACAACUGAAUCUCAGUGGCUACCGGCAGAAUCUACAGAGAUCAGAUGUGGCGACGUUAGUGAGAAGGUGCCCCAAUCUGGUCCACUUAGACUUAAGUGACAGUGUCCUGCUGAAGACUGACUGUUUCCAGGAAUUACACCAGCUCAUCUACCUCCAACACCUAGCACUCAGCCGGUGCUAUGAAAUGAUACCAGCAGCCUUACUUGAACUUGGCGAUAUCCCCUCCCUGAAGACACUACAGGUUUUUGGAAUUGUAACAGAAAAUUCCCUGCCUGUGCUAAAGGAAGCGCUUCCACAUCUGAAAAUCAACUGUUCUCACUUCACCACCAUUGCCAGGCCAACAAAAGAACCAGGCAACAAAAAGAACCCCGAGAUCUGGGGCAUCCGAUGCCGCCUGAUGAUGCCUGGUCCCAAUAGCCAUUAA